CUAGUUUUUCAUAGUACAUUAAUGCUUAUUACUUAAGAGAACAUUUCGUUUAUACUCGGUAGCUGUGAUUGAUGAAUUGUGUAGGUCGGAAGCAUGGAGGAGCAAUAGAUCUAUGUGGACGAGCACCAUAGCUCCGCCCUGUAUUAACCAUAACAACAAGGGACGCUCUCUUUUCAUUGGCUGUUUGUAUCUCAUGAUAGUUAGCUAGCUUUGAGCUAGCAAUGCUAUUCGUGGACCAAGCCCGCUACUUUCGUGAGCACUAGGAUUAAAACUCAAAAUAGGAUUGGCUAAAUUACUAACAGUUGACUGCUGUAAUCCUCACAGCAAGUGUUGGUGUGAAACACGGAGGUAUUCAAGUACAAAUGUGAUGUUUGUUUUAUUACCUUUAACGGUAGCUAGCAACAAUGGAUGCUAAUUUCUUCAAUUUGGCCAUCGCUUGUUAACUAGAAAAUAUUCGCUAGCUUGCUAGCGCGAGUCGUGGCAAACAACUUGGAGUAAAAAGCAAUGUUGACAAAUUAACUUGCCAACGCUAGGUGUCAAGAAGAGGAAGCAUAGACUUACGAGCCAGCUAAAUGGGGUUCUCUUACUGGGCCUUUACGUCGGAUACUGAUUUCACAGCAAUGUGAGCCAUUUUGGGAAAGACCCCUGAAUGCUGCGUCCUGUUUGAUAUGGCUCAGAUUUUAUGCACCCACCAGGAAACCCAGAAUGGGACCGCUUUGGAAAUAGAGGGGCAGGGAGGUUUGGACAAGGCAGGAGAUAAAACAGAGACAUCCCUUGUGAAUGAGAACCCAGAACCCUUUUCUUCUGAAGAUGAACAGAAGAGACUAAUUGCUUUGUCAGAUGAUGACUUUCUUUCAAAGGACAAGCUUGAUGCUUCUUGGUCCCAGAGUUGCCCCUUCACCAAGUCUCUGCAGAAGGCGGAGGCCCUGCUGAGGACUCGCUUCAACCCCAGCCUGAGGUGGCUACUGAGGCAGAAAAGUGAUGAUAUGUGGGAAUUUGAGAACCGGGAUACCUUUGUAGCGUGCCAGAACCUCACUUCUCAGUCGUCUAGCAGGCUGCAGCGGCUAGACCAGGGCAUGCUGGGUCUCAGUCCACAGUGCCAAGUGUUGCGGGGGCCACGGACAGGCCAGCUGCAGAGUUGCGUCAGGGGACUCGCUACAGAGGGAAGUUUCUACCACCACCCUCCAGCCGCUACCCUCAGCCAGCACUAUGGGCAGCUGCAGUACCUACUGGAACAGCGGGCUCAGCUCCUUUUCCUCCAUGAGUAUGCCCGGCGCACCAGAGUCACCGCUGUGUAUGUUGACAAACUGACUAGCCUGCUGGAGCGGGAGCUAGGUUUGUUGAUGGACAGGAGUCGAGUCCUGGAGCGACCAAACUCUGCCUGGAGCUUUGGGAUGGGAGGCCUGUGCCAGGAACUACGUAUCCACGUGAGCCAUUGGGAUGCUCUAUGUGCCAAAGCCCAGUCUGACGUCUGGCUGAGAACUGUUCUGUUCCAGAGGACAGAGACCCUUGCUGUCAUGCGGCGGACACUGAGAGUGCUGGGACUUCAGGCCCUGGUUCUGAUGGAACGUUGUAUCUAUACAGCCCUCUCCGCUCUGGCCUCAGCUCAGCUGGCCAGGGUGCCUAGAGAUGCCUUAGAGGACCUGCUGGCUGGGGCAGAGGUCUUUAACCAGGUACUGGAGGAGCAGAGAUUCCAGCAUAGAGGCUCGCGGUGGAGAACUCAGACCCUGCAGCUGUCUGACUGGCCUGGGCUGUCUAGUAGGCAGCCCACCCGGAGGGGUAGCCUUCCUGCACCGUUCCCAGUGGUUGAACUGAUGAGGAUAUUGGCAGAGCACAGGGGGCAGAUCGCGGCAGAGCAGCUGUACCAAUGGGCUUCCCAACAGAGCUUCCUCCACUCCCAGGUCCUGCACACUGGAGCCCCAGCCCCUACGUGGGAGAAAUUAAAACUGUUAUUCCCGCUGCUUUCCGCUCUACACCCCUCAGAGCCCAGUCCUGAUGGGCUCACACUGGAGAACCUCCCUGGGCCCUCUUCAGAUGAAUCCAGGUUGGGAAAGCCCUGUCCCUGCUCCUCUGAUCUCCCCUUUACAGCCUUCAUCCGUCAGGACCGAAAGUCUCUAGAAAUUCUCUUCCAGGCCCUGGUGUCCUCCACAGACCUGCUGGCUCCACACAUCCCCAACAGACCCAGGCCGGAGUGGACCAACACCCCAGAACAUUCUCCCAGGUGCUGUGAGGGAGAGUCCUCACCCACAGAUGAGGCCAGGCAGGAGAUAAAGAGACCCAAGUCAGUCCAGUCUGGGGCCUGUGUGGAGCUCUUUGGUCAUUACAGGACAAUGCUGUGGAGGGAGUUUGGCAAAGCCGUCAUCCAGCGCUUCCACCAGCCACCAAAGAGAGACCCUUUGGGCAGUGUUAACCAGUGGAACGACCAGAUGGUUUUCCAGCUUGUGAUGUGGCUCAACCAUGGCUGUAGAGGAGAGCUCAUCCCUGAGGAGUGUAGAGGAGUGGUUGAUGACUUCAGCUUACAGCUCCUGUCCAACACUGCUUUUAGGCACUGGGACGAGGUGAUGUGUGCAUCACUGGGCUCAGGACUGAAAGAUAAUUGUCUUCCAGGAGUUGAGCGUGAGAACUGCAUGGUGAUGACAUGUACCAUGGAAAGACUCCUGCAGCUGUCCCCUCCACUCCUCACAGUGCUGCAGUGUCUUCAAACUUCAGCCCACCUGGUCCAAGGUGACAGUAAUGCUCGGACUAUGAGGUCCCUUCACAUAGGAACGCUGAGCAGAGCGGUGGCAUCCGUCCGAUCCUCUACCUUCUGGGUCAUGAGAAAGGCCUACCAGUUCCUUUCCUCCUGGUCCCUCAACAAGUUCCUGCUCGUCACCCUAGGAGACCUCAAGGUGCUGAGAGCAUCAGUGGUGAGGCUACUGCAGCAUGUGGAGGCCCUGAGUGUGAAUGAAAAUCAUCAUCUCAAGCUGCUGGCUGCACAGCUUACUCAGGGUGUCACAGAUCUACAGGUAUUCUCUGAACUGGUGCUCAGAAUCUUCUCCAUGGACUGUAAGAGGAUGUCUGAGGAGAUCUUUUUGCAGACCAUGCCCUCAGCAAAGCACUGGAGAGUGAACUAUAAAACAGAGUUCCCCAGCAGCCCUAGUGAUUACGCUGCUACUGCAGCUCAGAGUGUAAUAGGACAGGUACUGGAGGGGGUGCAGGCCCUGCCUGAGGAGGCUCGGAUCCCCGCCCUGACAGAGGCCAUGACAGCCUUUAUGGAGGCCUGGAUGGAGCACAUCCUCAAGCAGAAGAUCAAGUUCAGUAUCCAGGGGGCUCUACAGCUGAAGCAAGACUUUGACCUGAUCCGGAACCUGAUACGCUCGGAGGAAUACAGCCUGUCAGAGGAGAUCCACCAGAGGCUGCUCUCCCUCCGGGUCUUCCACCAGGUGGACAACGCCAUCGUGUGCCUGCUGCAGCAGCCCAUGGCCAAGCCCUACAUGCCUUCGCGGGGCUGGGAGCCCUUCAGACGCUGCUGUCCAAGUAGUGCCAAUAUGGUGGACCAAUCGUCUAGCAGUCUGAAUAACUUUGAGAGCAUGGACCUCCAGUCUGCAUGUCAAAAGGCCCUGGCCCAGGCAGAGGGCUCUAUGAGCCCUGAGCUGCUGGCCUCCACCCCGCAGGAGUCCUACCUGGCCGUGGCACAGCAAGAGUGGCUGGACCUGCGCAUACACAAUGGAAACCGCAGGAAGCUCCCUGGGCUGCAGUGCCUGACAAGGUCAGAGCCCUAACCCUCAGGUAUUCUAUCUAGAAACUCAUUCCUCCUCCAGACCAGACACUGGAAAUGAACAGCCUUUUGGCCUAAAGGCUGUCCUACAAGGCUGCUCAUCUGGAAGACAUUUUGCUCUUUGAAUUAAUAAAUGUGUAAAUGCGCUAGGGCCAGACAGCAAAAUGAUGGAUGGUUAGAGUUUAGUUUACUAGGUUAGGAAGUUACUAGGAACAUUUGGAUGUUACAUUUCCUAGGACUUCAUCUGAACAAAUCAAAGUCAUGUCAAUAGACUAGUAUUGAUGAAGUUAUUUAUGUUAUCAUUAGCUACAAAAGGUACAAAGCAAUAACGUUACUGAAAAGUUAUUUUGUUUCUUUUCAAAACAAAAUUUCAAAUAUUGUGUGUAUCCAUGACAUGUGCAUCUACUUUAACAUAUUUUUCUAAAUCCGUGCUAAUGAAGUAAUGGAAAGUAAAGAUUUGUUUUUCAUCUCUG